AAUCAAGAGGGAUAGAGCAAUGGCAUACUCUCUUUCGCACAUUCGAGAAUGAGUGCUGGUCCGAACUCAAAAUCAGCUACUCCUCUCAAGCAUCAUCACAAUCGCGAUAACAAGAGCUUAGGAAAUGGUUUGUUAGAACGCUGGAUGGCGAACAAGCCGUGGGAGAGUCCAAUGUCAAAUAGGAAGAGUGAAGAGCUUGUUCCUAUUUUUCAAACAAAAUGGAAUGGCAUGACAACUAGGAUUUCAUCUUUUAAAAUCUGUCAGCAAACUCCAUCCUCUUCCACCGUAAGCUCCAAAUACAUGAAUGACGAUAGCGUGAUAUCAUCUUCAUGUACAUCUGGAUCUCCAUCUAUUAUGCCAUUCAGCAAUACUACUAUUAUGGUGGAAGCAAGAGAGGAAAAAGAUGUACCAAGCUACAUGAGUCUGACAGAAUCAACUAAGGCUAAACUCAACGUUUCUGAAUGGGUAUAA